GACGGCGGCAACGUAGCCGCGCCAGCCGCGCGCAGUUCCUUAGAACGGACACGAGAUUCCCGAAGUGUUCCGUAGCCACUUUGGCCCAAGGGGCGCGGUUUUCGGCCUGAUAGCCGGGCGGUGCCCGGCGCGGGGGGCGUGGCCGCGCCCUGUCUCUCGCGGGUCUCGCGGCGCCCCCGCGAGGUGCGCGGAUGACGCAGAUAGCACCGAGCGCCGAGGCCACGGCCAGUCCUAAGAGGGCUGGCGUCGAUUACUCCAAGUUCGAUGCCAUCGAGGACUCGGACGACGAGAAGCCGUCAUCCAAGCAUUCCCCGGCCAAGAAGACCAAUGAGAAGCCUCACUGUGGCAACUGCGCCAAGGAGAUUGUGAAACCGCUCCGGUGCGGUGGCUGUAAGAAGGCAGAGUACUGCUCACACCAGUGCCAGAGAGAGGACUGGCAGUUCCACAAGCGGGUGUGCAAGAAGCCAGAGGAGCUCAAGCCAAAGGAAGAUGUUAGCAAUCAGAAACAGGACGGCGAGAAGGCUCCCGCCCGGCCGAAGGGCGACGACAAAGUCGUGAUCGACGACGAGGAGGCGGAGGACCUGACCUGGUACAGGCACCGCGAGUGGAAGCCCAGCGGCGAGCCGAAGAAGGAUUUCAAGCCCGUCCAGCUCACUGGCGACGCGGCGGCCGCCGCGUCGGCCGCCGACGCCUCCAAACCUGGCGCCGGAUCUGCUUGGAACACCGCGGGCACGUGGGAGGACAAGGACGUCUCGUCGACAGCAAAGUCGAUGUUGCGCGCGAGGUUGGCAGACUUUCCAUCGGUUGAGGUAUCUGGAGGCACGCUGUCGGUUUCGGAGGUGGAGGCCCUGGACGGCGAAGCCUCCAAGCCGGUAGUUCGGGGAGUCACGCGGCAUCUGUGGGACCUCAACCUCAAGCUAAAGUUUCAGUUCAAGUGGAUGGGCUCUGACGGGCAACUCUCGGCGGAUGGUACGCUAUCCAUCGGAGACUUCAGUCAGAACACCUCCUUCGAGGCCGGGUGCGACUCGCUGAAGGCCCCGGUGGUGGACGUUUCUUUCACAGGGUUGAGCAUGGUGGACGCCGGCCAGCGGGUGGCAGUCGAGGACGCCCUGGGCGCGAAGGCCUGGCCUGGCGGCGAGGGCACCUUGCUGGCCGCCUUGGCCGAGAGGAUGCGGCAGUUCUCCGAGGAGUUCGCGCAGGUCCCCUGACGCAGCCAGGCCGCCCCCGCCCCCACCCGAGCUCGAGCGAGAGCCGCGAUGGGCGGCGGAGACCAGACCCCGCGAGGCGCGUGCCCUGCCGGCCGCCCCUCCGCCAUUCCUUGCCAGGGAGCUCUUCCUCUUGAGCCCCCCCCCCCCCUCCUUCCUCCCUCCCGUGUGCUCCCGUUCUGGUCGGCCAGGGGUGCCAGACACCCGCCGCACAGACCGCGCUGCAGCGCCCCGCUGCGAGGCGCAAAAAGAGAAAGCAAUAAGACUCCCUAAGUGCAAGCACUGUUUGGC